UGGCAGGUAGAGCAGUUUCUCUUCAUCUGUAUCAAUCCAGAUUGUAAUUCUGAGAGCCAAAAAAGAAUGGGAUGAUGUGCUUGGAAUGGUGUGUAAGGCCCUGGGAAUAAGGAUGUUGUUGGUGUUUUAACAUUGGAGACAUAGAUAUGAUCUUUAAGUGUGUUUUCACAUACUGGGCAUUGAGUUUUCUGAAUACGUUUGCUUCAUUGUAGGAUAACGGUGUCUUCAAGUGAACUGUAAGCUUGAGUUUGCUGAAGUGCCCUUCUUUAACAGCAUAUGAUCCUGAAAUACAUGGCCUAAAGUACAUCUCCCUUUUUCUUACAGUAGUCCUGUGAACAGCAGUUUAUAGAAUAAAAGCAUUCUCUCCACGUUUCCAGGAAACAGGUGAAAUGGGUGCCAUACUUCGGGGAUGUUCCCUGGCCUUUAUAGAGAUUUAAUACAUUGUGAUGGUCAAUUUGCUGUCUUCCAGUAGUCCUUGCAAGCUUCAAUUGCAAGAAUCAAAGUUUCCAAGCAACCAAACCCUGCAAACAAAAGUGUUGUAUUUACAUCUUUGUUGCCUGGGAGUGCUGCUGCUGCCCCACACGUCGCUCCAGAUGGCUGGUGAGUUGGCAGAGAUCAAGUCACGGACUUACAGAGCAGAGCUGAGGUAGCGAUGAGUGGUCGAGAGGUGGUUGCUCUGAGUGUGGGAGGUGUGAGAUUUGUAACCCGGCCCUGCACCUUGCUGCAGUUCCCCGAGUCCAGGUUAGCACGCAUGCUGGCUGGUGACGACCCGGAGUUUAAACUGGUGAAUGGAGAAUUUUUUGUGGACAGAGAUGGUGCUUUGUUCAGUUACAUCAUGGACUUCUUAAGGACUCUUCAGGUCUCUCUGCCUGCUGAUUUUUCAGACUUCCAGAGGCUGCGCAGAGAAGCGGAAUUCUAUGAGCUGUACCCCCUGGCUGAGCUCCUGGGCCAGGAACACCUCUUGAAGCCGAGGCUGGAGAUCUUGGAGGUGCGUUUUUUCCUCCAGGAGACGCAGGCCUUUUUCCGGAUCUUCGGUUCCUGCAGCAACACCGUGGAGACGCUGGCUGAGCAGAUCACUGUGCUUACAGGGCAGCGGCCAGGGCAAGGCUGGAGCGGCCCUUUUCCUUCUCAGAAACCACUAAUUCCACUUCCUUUGGAAAGACCUUCUCAUCACGACAUGGUUUUUCAGUGUGGAACCGACUGCUCUGCCGGUGACCGGUUUGUGGCCAGGUAUGUUUCCAUAAAACCUGACAACAGAGUGCUGAUAAAUGGUACUAACGUGCUAGGCCUGCUGAUUGACACCUUGCUCAAAGAUGGAUUUCGCCUCGUAAGCACCAGGACAGUGUCCAGCGAUGACAAAGUGGAAUGCUACAGUUUUGAAAGGACACAGAGGCCUGCGAGCCUUAGCAUUGCUGCAGACCAGCACCCAGGGAGCUCUGGGAUGGUGCAGGCAAGGAGAAGCCGAGUGCAGAAGGGGAAAUAAAGCAUUUUCCUGUGCUCUUGUGAAGGUGGAAGAGGUGUGUGUCAGCACCAGUGGCCUCUUUUUGUUGUUUGCUCAUUUGAAACUGCAGCUAUUGAGGAAAGUAACAAACAAACAACUCGUUAAAAAAAGAGGCGGGAGAAAAAAAUGCCCUUCUGCCUUUCCCUGCUCCACCCUCUUCAGUUCUAAAUAAAAGAGCCACAGAUUCAAUGCUGUUUCUGUGGACCAGACUGCAGUACUUUCAAGGGCAGUUUUUGUUUUUCUCCGUGGCUAAAACUUGUGUGACUUGCAGAAAAUCAGUCGCUGCUUCUAGAAAAUCAUUGUUCUGUGCUACACAGACUUCAUAUGUGAUCGUACACGGAGGAGUGACGAUUUGACAACCUGCACUCAAGCAGUGUGGAUAAGUGGCUGGAGGAGGAAUGUCAACCUGAGAGACUGGAGGUUGUUUCUGCUUUGGAAGCACGCACCAAUUCCUGCAGUGGCGAGGUCACAAGUUAUGCUGCUGUGGGCCUGGAGACAUGAGAACGCGGCUUUGUGGACACACCGCUGGCGUUCAUGAAAUAAUAAUGUGUCACUGUCUCUUGCAAAAUACUCCUCUGUCCUCUCCCUGCACUCUGAAGACACUGAGCUGCUCAUUACUGCUGAGAAUUAAAUGAUAAAGGUCCUCAGAAAAGACUUGUGAUAUGAACAAAGAGUCAGUCAGUUCUUAGAGCCUUAAGUGUAAGAACAAACGUGUGAUGAGCAGUCCUUCAGAUGGGAGAGUUGGUGCAGUUUUAAGCAAAAUAAUACAAGGCAUCUCUUAGUGUUGUUAAAUGGAAAGGUAUUUAGGAAGGAGACUUGGCAGAGGUUGCCUUGGGAAUGUUAACCCCGUACAAUGCUUUGUAAAGGUGCCAGUUAUCUCAGGUAUGGGAGAGCUGAGUUAAUGAGGCUUUGUACAUGGAGAACCUUUUGUCCUGCCCAACAGGCAAGUCAUGGCAGUGUCAAGGAUUCAUUAUUUGAAUCUGAUUUUGUUUCUUGUUAAGAAAACAUCUUUCCAAUGCUAUGUCAGCCUAUUUGGCUGACUAAUUAGAGCUGGCUUUCCUUUAGCUUUAAAGUGUCCAUUUCUUUACAGCUCUUAGGAAUGGUGAUGGGUGGUGGGGAUCACUCUCCUGUUUCUCGUUUAUAGGGUUUGAAAUGAAACGGAUCAUUCCAGACUUCUGGUGCCGCUAUCAGAUGUUUGUUUUCUCUGUGCUACCAUAAAGCAUUUUAGUUUGACACAGGUUCAGAAGUUCACUGGCAACAAGUAGGUUCUCUUUGCUUGUUUUGGAGCUCUUCAGGGGUAAAAUAAUGUGAUUGUGGGACGACAUCUCCUAAGCUGCUUACAGGCUACACACACAUAGUAAAUACUGUGGGAUGUUAACCUGGAUGCUUUCACUUCAGACUGUUGUUUUUUUUUUGUCAAUGUCAAUCAAUAUGUUCAUGCUUGGAGCACAGGCCUUUUACUAAUAAAUUUAGGCUACUUCA